AUGCCCCCCACCAGCGGGAGCGCCAGCCAUGAGCGGCGGGAGGACCAGACGGACACCUCGGACAGCGAAUCCCUGUCCCUGCAGGUCCGGAAACUCAACCAGCAGCCACCGGCCCGCAGGCUGGGCGAGCGCAGCUAUGACCCCAACAGGUACCGGCUGCACUUUGAGCGCGAGAGCCGGGAGGAUGUGGAGCGGCGCAAGAAGGUGGCUCAGGAGAGGAUCCUGGAGCCCGUCCCGGAGAGCGAGAAGGAGCUGGACAUACAGGAUGUCUACAAAUCCGGCUCCGGUAAGGUCAUUAACUUCUCCCCUGCGCUGUACGACUUUGUGACCAAGGAGAUGAGGAAGAACUUGAUCCUGGUGCUGAACAAGAUCGACCUGGCGCCGCCGGCGCUGGUGGUGGCCUGGAAGCACUACUUCCAGACCCGCUUCCCCCAGGUGCGCGUCGUCUGCUUCACCUCCUACCCGCAGCAGGACCAGGACCCCAGCACAGUGUUUAAGAAGCGGCGGAAGCGGCGGAAGGGCUGGAGCACGGCCAUGGGACCAGAGCAGCUGCUGCAGGCUUGCGAGAGCAUCACUGCUGGGAAAGUGGACCUGAGCAGCUGGAAGGAGAAGAUCGAGCGGGACGCGGAGGACGAGGACGACGAGGGAGCGGCCGUGCUGGUGGAACACCAGACCGACGUGGCCAUGGAGCUCGGGGCUCCCUCCCAGGAGCUCUACAAGGACGGCGUCCUGACCGUGGGCUGUGUGGGGUUCCCCAACGUGGGCAAAUCCUCGCUGAUGAACGGGCUCGUGGGCCACAAGGUGGUGAGCGUGUCCCGGACGCCCGGCCACACCAAGUACUUCCAGACCUACUUCCUGACCCCCACCGUGCGCCUCUGCGACUGCCCCGGCCUCAUCUUCCCCUCCCUGGUGCAGCGGGAGCUCCAGGUAUCUGUCUCUCUCUACCCCAUCUCCCAGAUCCAAGAGCCCUACACCCCCGUGGGGUACCUGGCCGUCCGCAUCCCCAUCCAGGCCUUGCUCAAGCUGCGCCACCCCAAUUCCGAGGAGGGCAGGCCGGAGACCCGGUGGUGCGCCUGGGACAUCUGUGAAGCCUGGGCCGAGAAGCGCGGCUACAAGACAGCCAAAGCGGCUCCUCCCAUGUGGGAGCAUCACCCCGAGACGGCCGAGAUCGCCUCCCUGCAGGAGGCUCACCGCAAGCACAGCCGGCGCAGCUCCGAGGAAGAGGAGGAGGAGGAGGAAGAGGAGAUCUCUAGCUCCGGGGAGGAGGAGGACGAGGAGAAGGACCGUGAUGCUGAUGAAGAAGAGGAAGAGGAGGAGGAAGAAGAGCUAGCAGCCCCCAGCAGGGGAGGGAGCAGCACCCCGGCCCCAGCCCCGGCCCAACCCAGGAGGGUGCUGAAGGGGAAGCUCUCCAGCCGGAACUUGUUUGCUUUGCUGGGGGAGGACGAAUGUUAG